AUGGGAGCAAACUUCACUGGUGUGCGAACUGGCGAAGGCUUUUACACAAGUUUCUGUGAUCCCGACGCUUCGAUAGAUGUUGAACCACCAGCAACAACCGAAAUGCCGCCACAAUUUCCAACUUCGACCAGUACCGAUACCUCCACAAGCGAUGUGUCCAGUACAAAUACCCUGCCGCCUCUCUCCCCAACAAUUAGCAACUAUCCUUGGCCAGCUGUUAGAGACAAUGGUUCCAACAUAACUUCCGGCUACUUUCUGAAUGGGACGGGAUACGACGAUGUAGUUGUGCUUGCCCUUUCGGAAUUAUCCCCGCCUGAUAUGGAUCCUAUGGCAUACUUGGUGGAUUUUCAAGCUACCAUCGCCAACCUCCUUGCGAAGUCUCGAGAGCAGAAUAAGACAAAGUUGAUCAUUGACGUUAGCGAGAACGGGGGUGGCCUUGUAGCUGCCUACGAGCUCUUUGCUCAGGUUGGUAUCCCGGCAAUGAUCGCUCUCAUUUCGUCUGUUAACACAUCUUCCAGCUAUCCCCAACACACAGCCUUCAGUGCCAACAACAUACGCGAAACCCUGUCCGUCGUCCAAAUAUCGAACGUCUCAAGUGCCGACGCAGUGGAAAUCAAAAACUUUGACGCCAACACGUUCGACGAACCCAACCCUGAUGAGCCCGCCCGCUUCAAAGCCCUGAGCAGCCUCCACGAGAACAGCAUGGUUGAACAGCUCAUCCCCGGCCAUCUUUUCUCCCCUAUAACCGGCCUCAACCUCACCACUUCCGAUGCCCUUCUCGGCCCAGUAAUCCUCGAAAACGACACCUUUACAGCAUACCAGUACCAUCCCUGGAACCAAACCGAAGAUGUCUUCAACAUCACCGGCGCAGGUAAUGGAGCCAAUGUCCCUCCCUCCCCCUUCACAGUCGAGAAUACUGUCCUCCUCACCGACGGCGCUUGUAGCUCUACCUGCGCGACAUUGGCAAGGCUCCUCUACAGCGUCAACGGCACCAACAACGCCAAGAUUAGGACCGUUGUCGUCGGCGGCCGACCUGAUCCUGCUCUUGGAACAGUAAACAACACCAGCACCGGUCCCAUGCAGGCCGUGGGUGGUGUGGCAGGUGCAAAAAUCUUUUACUUUUCCAAUUUGCACGAGGCAGCCAAAGCGGUCUUGGUCCUCUCGCCGGAGCUAAACAGCACAACCAACUCGACCGAAAACGAGGAUUUGCUGCUGCUGGCCGAGCGGUACGCAAUGAAGAGGUCAUUGGCGGGGAUCGGUGGUGGUGAGGCGGCAGGGUCGCUCAACGGGAAGAAUGAUUUUGUUUCGCUUGACAAUUUGGAGACUCCGAUUCAGUUUCUGAGUUGGAAUGAGGGUGUCAUUGGGGGUGUCAAUGAGACGAACUACUGUCAUUUUUACUACACAAAAGAGAUGGUGUUUGGGCCGACGAAAGUGUGGGAGAGGGCGGCUGAUGCUUUUUGGGGGGAGGAUGGGAGGGAUAAAUUGUGUUUGCCACUUUCUGACUUGAAGAAAGAAAAGGGGCUGAGGUGGAUGACAUAUAAGUUGACUAAGGUCAAAAGUUGGCUGGAGAUGUCCACACCGUUAAGUCUAGACCUAUCCACUGAGUCAAGGGUUGCUGAGUAUCUACUAUUGUAA